GAUGUUUUGGGGGAAGUGCCUGAAAGCAGCAUGGACACAUUUGUUGAUGUCAGAGAUCAGCAUCAUGUCCGAAGCUACAAGUUGGUGACAUUCAGCAGGUUUUUGAUCGUCUGUGUAAUAUCGACACAAGAAUUAAAAUAUCAAAAUUAAAGCUGCGUGGCUUUCGACUGGAGUAUCGAUGAAGUGGUUUGAGCAUGGGGGAACCCCUGGAGCUGUUGCAGCAACCUUGAGCUAACCGCAGCUCAAACAGUGACAACUGUCACCCUCCUGCUGGAAGAUCUGAUCGGUUGCAUUUAAUACUUUCUGAGGCCUUGGUUACAGACAUGCACCUGUCAUCCCGCCCGGACUAUGUAACUAUAAGCUUUCCUGGACAAGGAAGUGGAAGUUACAACAACAGCAAGCAGUGGAGGAGGCAGUCCUGCUGGAGGAAAUGGAAGCAGCUGUCCAGGCUUCAGCGGAGCCUCAUCCUUUUAAUCUUUGUCCUCCUGUUCAUUUGUGGAAUAGCUUCUUAUCCUUCUUUCACAGAACACCUCAGAGGCCUUACAAGUGAAAAGCAAGACGCAGACAGUAACAGCAUUCUGGGGCCCUUCAUCCCUCUUGUGCUGCCUGAGCCGGCCAAACAGGGUCCACCACCACUGCCAGAACUACCCUCCCAGAGGAAAUCAUCCAAUAAAAGAGGACCGCCUGUCCUUCAAAAUCGUCUUCAACAAAAAGGAAAUGCUUCAGAGACAGUGGUUGAAGACAGGGCAGCUGACAGCAAGAAGGAAGGUGAAGAAAAUGGAGUCAUCAGUUGGCGUGGGGCUGUGAUUGAUACUGGUGAAGCCACCGAAGGCACCAAGAAUGGGGAAAAUAAGGAGGAUUCACCCGCCAACCAGCAAGUCAAAACCUCCAAAGAUUUAGAAUCUAGCUGGCUGGAGGCGGUGCGAGAAGCUUUCAGACAUGCUUGGAAGGGCUAUAAAGAGUCUGCCUGGGGCCAUGAUGAGCUCAGACCCAUGUCCAAGUCUUACAGCGAGUGGUUUGGUCUGGGGUUAACGCUUAUUGAUGCCCUGGAUACCAUGUGGAUUCUUGAGCUGAAAGAAGAAUUUGAAGAAGCGAAGUCAUGGGUGGCCACAGAGCUCUCAUUCAACAAAAAUGUUGAUGUCAAUCUGUUUGAAAGCACCAUUCGCAUCUUGGGAGGCCUGCUGAGUACUUACCAUCUGACUGGAGACACCCUGUUCUUAGACAAAGCUAAAGACAUUGGCUACAGGCUGAUGCCUGCCUUCAACACUCCGUCCAAGAUCCCCUACUCUGAUGUGAACAUUGGGAAAGGCACAGCCCACCCACCUCGCUGGACCUCAGACAGCACUGUAGCCGAAGUUACAAGCAUCCAGCUGGAGUUCAGGGAGCUGAGCCGCCUGACCCAGGAACCACAGUACCAGGCUGCAGUGGCUGAGGUUAUGAUGCAGGUCCACAAACUGGACGGCAAGCUGGAUGGUCUUGUGCCCAUGUUCAUCAACACAAACAAUGGACAGUUCACCCAUCAAGGCAUCUACACACUGGGAGCCAGAGCAGAUAGCUAUUAUGAAUAUCUGCUGAAGCAGUGGAUUCAGGGAGGCAAAAAGGAGAACCAACUCUUGGAGGACUAUCUGCAGGCAAUAGAGGGUGUAAAGAAGAACCUGUUACAGAAGUCUUCACCAAACGGCCUUACCUUUGUUGGAGAGCUCUCACAUGGACAGUUCAGCCCAAAAAUGGACCAUCUAGUUUGUUUCCUGCCCGGUACUCUGGCCCUUGGUGCUCACAAUGGCUUGCCUGCUGACCACAUGGAUCUGGCCAAAGAACUGAUGGAGACUUGUUACCAGAUGUACAUCCAGAUGGAGACAGGCCUCAGUCCAGAGAUAGUCCACUUUAACAUGCAUCAAGGCAGCACACGAGACAUUGAAGUAAAGCUUGCAGACCGACACAACCUCCUGCGACCGGAGACGGUGGAGAGUCUCUUUUACCUGCACAGGUUGACAAAUGAUCACAAAUACCAGGACUGGGGCUGGGAGAUUCUCCAAAACUUUGAAAAGUACACCAAGGUUUCCUCUGGCGGCUACACCUCCAUUAACAAUGUGCGGGACCCAGAGUACCCAAGCCCAAGAGACAAGAUGGAGAGUUUCUUUCUGGGGGAGACCCUGAAAUACUUUUACUUGCUCUUCUCCAACAACACCAACCUCAUUAGCUUAGACCAGUAUGUCUUCAACACUGAAGCUCAUCCCCUGCCAAUAUGGCCUUCCACUGCGUGACACACAGACAUGCAAACAUUACAACACAACAAAUCUCUCAGGGUUGGUCUAACACCCAUCAUUUCUUUGUCUUCUGUGUCAGUGAUGGCCUGUUGUCAGAACAGUGCCGCUGAACACAGACCACAGAUGGAAAAGUCUCCUUUCCACUGACUGAACCAUUGUAUUCAUGGAUAGCCACUGAAAAAGUCAAGUUGAGUUUGUGGCUAAGCUGGCUAAUUUAUUUGGUUUUCUCGGCAUGGACUUCUAGUAGUGACACUGUUGAUGCUGAAGAAGUGGAGGAUGGUUUCUAUCCUCAUGGACACUCAGAUUGCAUCAACACUGAAGAAAAACCUGAUCAUGACUUGAAUCAAAGCUGUCUUAAUUACAUGUUAAGCGACUGUUCAGACUGAUACAGAUAUUUCAAUACGGAUACAGAUAUCUUCAAUUUUAAGCUGAGCUUGUUUGCCUACAGCUGUACAACAUUCAUUUGUAUCUAAAAUAGCCACUUUUAUGUUCAGAAAAUGUUCACAAAACAAUUUCCAAGUCUUCAUAUUUUGUACAGUGGAGUGGUGGAAUGGACAAACAGCAUUUAACCCAUGAUAAAACAAAGCCAGUGUUUGGCCUGGACCUCGGAUUAUUGCAGGGAAUGAAUGGGAGUGACAGCAGGCUGGUUGCCUUUGUAGCACCACAUUCCCUAAUAGCAGCAGCCAGCUGUCUGAACUGAAACCAAGGCUACCUGCAGCCUGACUGCUCUUGAUUGUUAAGCUUGAAGGAGUGUGAGAAGAGGCCAACUCCUCAUCACUCACUCUGUGUUGAUGAUUAUCAAGUGCUGUUGCUAACACUCUUCUCAGAUGCCCUCCUUUCUCUGCUUGUUAACAGAGAAUCAAGCUGAAGCUUUAUGACGAGACAUGAAUGAUCCCUCAGUCCGUGAGUUGGCCGCCCCAUGUGGCAAUCAUGUCCCUUAGGAAAUACGACCUUUCAACAAGAUCAUCUCUUUCAGUCACUUGGGGUCGAGGAGAAAGUUGGCUUGUUAGGUGCUCACAGUGCAACAUGAUUAAUGAAUGACUGACCAGGCAAGUUCAGUGUCGGUGUUAGUAGCUCCAGAUGUUUCACAGACAAAACAUCUGCUGUACAGCUGGGAGACAUGGUGGCAUAUAGAGGUAUCAACUAGAAAAGCAUUCAGAGCGUAGUAGUCCGCCAAGGCUGUUCAUUCCCCCAUAUAGCAUUGUCAGAAAUGCAGAUUUGUUUGUUGUUCACUUGUUGUCAUAGUUACAGUGAUGUUGUGCUGCUAUCUUGUAUAGAAGUCUUUAACAAAUCCGUUGGUUCAGACUAUAAGCUGCAUCACUGCCGAAAUCUAAUCACUUGGUCCUUGUGUCAUUUCUGACCUUCAAUGAAAAUUUCAUCCAAAUCAGUUUGGUUGUUUUUGUGAAAUUUUGCGAACAGAUAGACGAAAAAAACAACAGCCAUCGUCUAAGUCCAACGAGGCUCCACCUCCUUGGUGGAGUAGUUAUACCCCUUUACCACAUGCACUCUGUUACACUGAUGGCAACUCAAUGGGUCGCCCGUCGCUAAUCUGUAAAAGUCACGACAGCAGUGUUACUUUGUUGGACCUAGUAACAUUUCCACAUAACUUUCAACACAGCACAAGUGUGAACUGAACUGUCGAAUUAAUGGCGCAAUUUAAAGAUUAAUGAUACCCAGCAGUAAUGAAUGUAGUCCAAGUAGUUUUCUCCACAAAAUGCUAAGAGGAGCCGAAGUGUGUUUCUUCCAGCUGUUUGAAAUCAUAGACUGUAUAUAUAGUGGACGUAGCAUCUGGCUCCAAAAUUGAAGCCAACCCGGAAGUGUCAAAAACUUGCAAUAUCACGCCGUCCGCUAGGGUUGGCUCCAAAAAGCUUUUGCUCCAUAGACCCCAAUUCAUUUUUGGAAAAAAUAAAAUUUGAUUGACUGACUUUCUGCAGCUCAGGAUUUUUUUCCCGUUAGUUUUCAUGAUCAAAAUGAGAGAUCAGGUGGCCGAUCUUAAAAUAAAUCAAUACUGAAUUUUAAAUAAAUCGUUAAAGUUGGCGGAGCCAGGGGGCGUGGCUAUACUUGAUAGACAGCAACAGAAGCCUCUGCGGUAAAAUGUGGGCGGGAUAAGAGUCUUCAGCCAAUCCUGCCCCUAGUUGCUCUCCGGUCCAGCCUGUUUGAUGACGCUUUUUACGUCACUGGCUCCAAAAAAUCCAAAACGGCGACCAGGAAGUAGCAAAAUCCGGCCUUCAUUUUCUCGACGUUGAAACCAACGGGUGACGUCACGGUUAGUUCACGCCUGUUUGAAACUAUUGACUGAGUCUGCAGCAUCAUGAUCAAUACUGUGUGUCCAAAUAGAGGGAGCAACAGAGCCAGCAGCUUAAUUCAAUUCUUUCAAUUAUAAAUUACCCCCGAGAGAGCAUGGAGAGUAGGUCAGUCUGAGCCAGCACCCAACAGGUCACACUGUAGAACUGCUUGUCUUCACCUCAGACAGGUGAGCUGUCACACACAGAAUGCCAGCUGUUUAGGAUUAUUUCAUCAUAUUUAUCACAAACCUGAAUCAGACAGUGGUAGGAUCCAUGAGUGUCUCUAGAGAGAGAGAACUGCACAGUUAUGCACAGAGCAACUGUGACCUAUGACUGAAAGGAGGCUGAGUGACAGAAUGCCGUCACUUUCAUGGACUGAUGGACCCAGUAAUCUUCCAUGGUUGAAAGAGGAUUUAGCCAACUUGUCUGACAAUUCCUUCUCCUACUGUGCAUCAGCAGUGGAAGUCGUAUUCUUUACUUGAGGUAAAGUACAGAUGCAGUGUUGGCUGAAUAUGUUAAUCCUCUUACUGCCCUGGUCAUGUUUUUCCUCACUGUGGCCUUGUUUUUACUGAAAUAUAAAGUCUUGCGCAGUCAUGGCUAAAAGUAAAGAUAAUUCAGAAAGGUCUAAUAAUAUAGAUUUUACAAAAGAAAAAACAAAACUUUAAUUUAUUUGUUGAUUAAUUUUACUAAAAUUUAAAAAAAUGAAAUCAACUUGUGAUAAACAAAAUAGUUUUACAUGCUUUAGAUAUGUUACUCUUUAUAUUUUACAUUUCCAUAUUUGUCUUUUCUUUGUGAAAACACAGCCUGCAGGUUAGUAGAAAUUUUGUGAAAUUUUGUCAUGGAACUGUGGGUCACAGCUGAGUCAGUCGUGGAUUUACAUUUGUGCCGAGGAGUUUAGCUUGAUGCGUUUAUUUUUGACAAGAUCUGGUGCAAAUGGUUUAUUUUUGACAAUUUUUUUUAAACGUGGCCGGUAAAGUAACAUGCUUUUAAGCUUAGACUUGGUUCAUUUCCUUACAAAAGUCCAGCAUGAUUAGUUCAGUGGCCAUCACAGAGGAAAAAAUCUGUCAGUUCUGUUUGUUUUUAUCGUUUUAGGCUGAUUCAUUUUUGGUGAUUUUCUUGCUCGGUUGUUUUGAAGGUAAAAUGCCUUUUUAACUUGCUGGCACGUUUUGGGGUUCAGGAGGUGAAAAUAAGUUCUUACUAGAUAUUUUCAGUUCAAUUCCGUUUUAUUUAUGUAGCACACAUUUCCCACAUAUGCCAUCUUAUCACACUCAGGUUCAGGGUAAGCAGCUAUCUGCCUGGACCGUGCUGAGAGUGGAGAUGAUAUGCUAACUGAAUGGAUUAUUUGCAACCCAAAAGUGCCCUAAUGGCCCACUGGUUUAUUAGCAUCUCAUUUGAUAUGUUUAAAAUGUGCCUAACAACAAACUUUUACAGUUUUAUUCAGAAUUAAUGAUGCAGUACGGUAAGCAACAACUCCAGCAGAGAUAAGCGUAGCACAUUGAAAAUCUAAUACUUUGUCUGAAGUAAGGCCAACAGUAGUUGUGAGGUGCUACACUAAAAUACUCUUGUGUGAAAUUCUACUGAGUCAUUACCACUGCCAUAGGUAGCUCUCAUUUAUUUCUCGAUAUGUGUAAUGUUGUAAGUCAAUGAGCAGCCUCCUUUUAAGACUUCACCGUACACCCUUUUCCCUUUGUUUUUCCCUAAAGUAGCUUUCUGGUACUUAAAAUCUUUGUAUUAUUUGCUGUUAACUGCUUUCCCAUCAGAAAAGUUCUUGUCCUGGGCUGCACUGUGGCUUGGUGGUUAGCGGUUAGCACGUUUGCCUUGCAGCUGGAUGAUUCCUGGUUUGUGUCCCGGCCUUCCCAGGGUCUUUCUCCAUGGAGUGUGCAUGCGUGGGUUUUCUCCUCCCACAGUCCAAAAACGUGCUGAGGUUAGUUGGUGAUUCUAAAUUGUCUGUAGGUGUGAAUGUGAGUGUGAUUGUUUGUCUCUGCGUGUCACCCUGUGAUAGACUGUUACCUGUCCAGAGUGUUGCCUGUCUUCAUCCUAAAUCAGCCCAGAUAGACUCCAGCCCCCCAAAACCCUAAUGAGGAUUAAGCGGUGUAUAGAUGAUGAAUGAAUGGAUGGAAGUUCCUGUCCUGCUUUAGAACUGUGGAACCAGGGUGCCAUUCUGUGAACCAGUCAACAUUUUCACUAUUUUUAUAGCACAGCCAAUGUGUCACUGUGACUACAGAUUCUUACUAUUUUUUUUAUACAUCAAAUGUAGAUGAGAGAAAACCAAGCCAGAUGGUGGAUCAUGCAAGAGUUGAAUAAAAAGUUGACACACUUAACAUGGAGCAUGUCACCGUCCCACUGGUACAAACAUCACAUUCUGUGUCAGUCAGCAGCCAGGAUGCUCCAACCUUUAUGGAGAGAUCUUAACUGGAGACCAGAGGCGGGUCUAUAACAUUGACUCAACACCAGAUAGCAGUUUUUGCAGUUUGUACAGUCUCCAAGACCAGAGAGGGAGCAUGCUUAAUGCUUUCUUGAACAUUUACGUGGUUGUGCACCAUGAACUCAUCAAUUAUGCUCGGACUGUCCAGGCAGAGUUUCACUGGAGCAUCCUGCAGGAGAACAUUCGUCCCAACCUGAACAACACGAUAUUCGCCCUUCACCUGGCUAACUCAUCAGAUGUGACUUCUUCCGCUUCCCCAGAAUAAUCAAAGAGCCUCGAUUAUUUAGGAAAUUUGGGGUGCAUCCAACAGUGGUGUCGUGGUUAGCACUUUCGCCUUGCAGCAAUAAGAUCCCUGGUUCAAAUCCCGGCCUGGGCCUGGGAUCUUUCUGCAUGGAGUUUGCAUGUUCUCCCUGUGCAUGCGUGGGUUUUCUCCGGGCACUCCGGCUUCCUCCCACAGUCCAAAAAUAUGCUGAGGUUAAUUGGUUACUCUCAAUUGUCCGUAGGUGUGAAUGUGAGUGUGAUUGUUUGUCUGUAUAUGUAGCCCUGUGACAGACUGGUGACCUGUCCAGGGUGUCCCCUGCCUUCACCCGAGUCAGCUGGGAUAGACUCCAGCACCCCCCAUGACCCAAGUGAGGAUAAAGCGGUGUAUAGAGAAUGGAUGGAGGGUGCAUCCAAGAUGGUGCUGGAUAUGUUUGCAUAUUUGGGACUUCUAGGCUAUCUCAAUGCCCAAUAAUGGUGCUUUUCCAUGAGCACCUACUCGGCUUGGCUGUACACGGUUUGUGAGGUUUUCCAUUAGGAAGUAGAACCUGGUCCCAGGUACAAUUUUAGCACCUACUCAGCCAUGGGUUCCAAGCGAGCUGAGCUGAUAAUGUGACGUCUACAGAGUGCAGGUCACUGAUUGGACAGGGAGUGACGACACUACACAGCAUACAUGUUUUAAUACUUGAUAGCGAUAAAUUGGAGCCAGUACAGGGUGGUACACGGGACUUGCAUACGAUAACUGUAGCAAACUAGCAUUAGCUUACCCUCAUACGUCGUCUAGUUUGUAUCCUCUUGUCUUUGUUCUGAUACUGCUGAGUCGCCUCCCAAACUCUCCUGUUCUCGUGUUUCGACUCGCCGCCCUCAGCUUUCUCUGACUCUUGUUUUACUUUGAAUCCAACAAAGGGUUAGGCUAACCCUAACCCACAGACCGAUCAGCAGGUAUACCAUCGCCUUCAUGUCCUCCAUUGUUGUGUUUGUGUCGCAAAUGACAUGAAGGGACUUUCGGGCAGCCAUGCUAUGAUGACUCCACCGCGAUGAGGUGGUACUCAGUUGGAAUGGAAAACCACCUAAACCGAGUUGAGCCGAGUAGGUGCUAAUGGAAAAGCGCCUUAAAGUAUUGCAGGAGCCCUUCGAGCUUCUUCUAAAUGAUGAUGCCAUGGUCAUUUGUUUCUUUUUAUGGAGGAGACAGAUUGGCUCUGAUUUAGUUUAAUGAACCACCAUGAUGGAACUGCACUGUGCUGGCAGAACUACCCUGGAUUGGCAGUAUAAUUGUGACCUCUACUUGAUGCAAACACUGAGAGAACUUGAAGGUUUGGACGCAUUAAGCAUGUAGGUGUGACACUGCUGGUUUUUAAUUUGCUGGUAGCUUGGCUGAGCACAGAGAGCACUUCAGAACAUUGAUUCAAAUGUAUAAAUAUCUAGUAAUGACGUGUUGGGUGUGAAUUCCUGCCAGCUGUUGAGUAAAAGUGAACUCAGCAGGCAGCUCUAGAAGCCGCCUGCUCUAAAAGAAGAGACCAGUCUGGUUAUAUGCUGCACAAUGUGAACACAUGGUCCGAUCUCUGCUGCGAGGAACGUGUUCCCAAAAAAAAUCUCAAACAGAAAGCAACUGUUCCUCUUGCUCUUUCUUCACGGUGUAAAUGCAGCUUUUCUGUGGGGAUCAAAAGACCUUGGUCUCAUUUCUGAAGCAACAGAUUUACUCAUGAGCUGUGUUUGUCCUGCUUUCUGUAGGCAGUAUUUAGAUUUUUUUUUAGCAGCUAUGUUUUUGCGUGAGAAGCUGCUAUUUUCAAUGAAUGUUUUUUUCAUUCUCCCUAGUGAGGUGUAGAUUACAGUCGGUUUUCUUUCAUGCAAUAGAGAUGAAUAGUGAGAUUGUACGUGUUUAGCACCUUGCUGUCAUUCCUGUAGAUGCCAGUGGUUUUUAUUACAGCUCCCUUUAUAGUUGUUGAUUUUAAGAACUUUCCAUAUUCGUGUUGAGACCAAUCUCAUCUUGUGUUCAGUGUAUUUUUGUCUGUGUUGUCUCACCUGUGCCUUUAAUGUUGCUUCAGACAACAUUCAAAAGACUUGUGCAUAAGAUUGCUACAUGAUGCCAUUGUGAUUACUGCAAAUUUAUUUUAACAGCAGAACAAAUGACAAAAAAUGACUGAUAUUUUUUCACCAACCCCUCUAAACAAUCAUUAGGUUGACAUGAUGUUAAUCUUUACCGGUGUGUAUUUCAGUUCCACCCUGGAUGGAUGUGUUCAAGCAUAAUUCCAGAACCAAAGAUAUGCUGAAAAUAUAACGGAUUUUUCUGGAGGGGUUAGUGAUAAAAGCCAUUUCUCUAAAGCCACCUCUUUCAGGAGCUUUUUCUGUGCUUUUAAUAAUAAUAUUCACAGUUGGAGUUGGAGUAUUUUUAGACUACAAUAACUGAUGACUUAUUAAACUUCUAUUUUAGCUACAAAGCAGUGUGCUUUUGACUGAAAGACAAAGACAAAACAGCAGCUAUUUACGAUUUAGACAGACUUGGGAAGUCUUUGUUGUCCUCAUCAGCGCUCUGCAUCAGAAAUUCCAAAUGUCCCCUCCAAUAGUAGCUGCUGUGAUCUGUUUACGAGGCUCAUGAGGCAUAAUGGGUACUGAAUGGGAUUUUUCCAGAGCUACAGUAUCGUUCAAAAGUUUGGCCGUUCAGGCAAUUUCAUAUUUUCCAUGAAAACUCCCACUUUCAUUAAUGCGCUAAUCUGUUCUAAUCAUCAGUUAGCCUUUUGAAACCAUUAGCUAACACAAUGUAGCAUUAGAACACAGGAGUGGUGGUUGCUGGAAAUGUUCCUCUGUACCCCUAUGGAGAUAUAGCGUCAGAAAUUUCCAGCUACAUCAGUCAUUUACCAUGUGAACAAUGACUAGACUGGAUUUCUGAUUCAUUUAAUGUUAUCUUCAUUGAAAAAAAAAGCUUUUCUUUCAAAAAUAAGGACACUUUAGGCGACCCCAAACUUUUGAACGGUAGUGUAUGUGAACAUAAACUGCCAUUUUCUAUCAUACUUUUUUUUUUUGCUAUUGUUUAUAGAGUGAAAUGAGCUGUUUUGUUCUUACAUACUGUUACACACAAAUACGUUAAACUGGUCUGCACGUGCUCCACAUUCUGCUGGAUUUCCUGUGAAUAGAAAUCAGGUCAGUGUAGUGUCUUCUCCCCUAUUUGUCCAGGAUCAGUAACGGCCAGGAUCUGCAACACUUUACACAUUUCCUUUAUGUAGCAACAAAACUUCGACAGUUGAGGGAUGUGCUUCACCCAAGAUCAGCCUUUUUAGUGACAACACUCCCCUUUAAGGUUGUAGCUUCCUCUGCCAAGGAAUGGCUGUGGUUUCUUAAAUUCAGUCCUUUGUGAUGGAUUUUACCAGCUUUGAAGUUUGCAGUGGAAAGGAAAAGAAACUACUAGAGAAACAGUCCAACCGCUCAUUCAGCAGAAUCUCAGUGUUCCGAUGAGCAAUAGCUUGGACAAAACAGGCUGACAGACGGGCCUUGUUAUCACUGACAUUCGUCCACUGAGAGCACAGUACAUCCCUUUAGUUACCUGGAAGUUUCAUGGAGGAGUGUCGAAUGCUUCCAGAUGAGAUCUUGAGUGGAGCAUCUUCAGCUCUACUGCCUGAGGCCGUGACAGACCAGAAUAAAAAUCACAAACACCAUUGUUUUGUAGUUUUACUUGUCAAACCCAACAUGUCCUAUUUCUUUCUGGAGUGGAACUUUGGUUUUCUCUUUUUAUUUAAUGUAUUAAAUUCCUACACAUGAAAACUGUGUUGUUGAUGUCACCUUGUGUACAAGUAAGUGCUGGAACAGCUUUACUUUUCUAAAUAACAAAAUAAAAAAAUUGAAGAGAUUUUAUCAAA